CUUAAAAUAUUUAAGGCCAGAAUCGGCUGAGUCCAGACCAAAGGAAGAACACUCCUCACAUAAUCACCUCACCUUGUGCUGUCAUACGCUGAAGAGCUAGCAUGGCUUCCUUCACAUUGUCAACAUUCCUCGGUGUUGCUGUUCUCUCUAGCAUGGUUUUGGAAUCUCACGGCGUUGGGAUAGAAUUGUUACAGGGUUCCUGCCCUGAUGGUUGGUUUUACCACAAUAGCCGCUGCUUCCGGCACUUUUCUGAUAAGAAGACUUGGAUCGAUGCAGAGGUAAACUGUAUUAAUCUUGGGGGAAACCUGGCCUCAGUGCACAGUGAAGAUGAGCAUCAGUUUCUUCAACAGCUCCAUUUGGCUUUUGACCGUGUUGAAAACGAAUACUGGAUCGGAAUGUCAGACCUGUACAAGGACAAUGGAUGGUUUUGGACCGAUGGUACAAAUCCACGUGACUUUUCAAAGUGGAAUCCCAGAGAGCCCAACCACACAGACAAUACAGAGCACUGUGUGAACGCCAACUAUGGAGGCUUGAAAGGCUGGAAUGACAUUUUAUGUACCAGAACGUUUGCAUCCAUCUGUGCCAAGCGACUGAAUGACCUUCAGUACCAAGCUGAACCAACUCCGUGAUGAAGCUGCUUUGCAUUUCUUUUAAUAAAGUUCUGAGCA